AUGUUGCAUCGCAGCGAAUGGGACUAUGUCUCUCUCUUCUACUAUAUUAUAUUGCUAUAUGGAGAUUUGCCAAAAAAUAAAGAAAAUGUAAUAUAUUUAUCAAAUCAUCAAAGCACAGUGGACUGGAUUGUAGCGGAUAUUUUGGCCGUCAGGCAGAAUGCUCUUGGACAUGUGCGCUACGUGCUGAAAGACGGGCUAAAAUGGCUGCCAUUGUACGGGUGCUACUUUUCUAGGCAUGGUGGGAUCUACGUAAAGCGAAGUGCCAAAUUUAAUGAAAAAGAGAUGAGAAACAAGCUACAGAGCUACGUGAAAGCAGGAACACCAAUGUACCUUGUGAUUUUUCCAGAGGGAACAAGAUUCAGCCCAGGACAAACAAAACUCCUAUCUGCUAGUCAGGCAUUUGCUGCUGAACAUGGCCUUCCAGUAUUAAAACACGUGCUGACACCAAGAGUAAAGGCAACUUACGUUGCUUUUGACUCUCUGAAGAGUUACCUGGAUGCCAUCUAUGACAUUACCGUGGUUUACGAAGGGAGGAGUGCGAACUGGCAGCAGCGGCAGCAGCAGGAGCCCCUGACCAUGACGGAAUUUCUCUGUAAAGAAUGCGUAAAAAUUCAUAUUCACAUUGAUCGUAUCGACAAGAAAGAUGUUCCAGAAGAGCAAGCAUAUAUGAGAAGAUGGCUUCAUGAACGGUUUGAGAUCAAAGACAAGUUGCUUAUAGAAUUCUUUGAUUCACCAGACCCAGCAAGAAGAAACAAAUUUCCUGGGAAAAGUGUUCACUCCAAACUAAGUCUCAAGAAGACUUUGCCCUCCGUGCUGCUCUUGGGUGGUUUGACUGUUGGCUUGCUCAUGACCGAGGCUGGGAGGAAACUGUAUGUGAACACGUGGAUCUAUGGGACGGUGCUCGGCUGCCUGUGGGUGGCGGUUAAAUCAUAGACCGCAGACAAUGGCUGUCCCCCACUGGGAUGGCAAUCUUGUCUGCUAGUGAAGGCUGCAUAUUACAUCCAAUUGUUUCCUGAAUUAAAUGAGAAGUGUAAAUAAAGCCUUGUUGCCUGAACAAGUAAAAGUAAAAUAGACUCUGUGACUAAAGCUGAUGUGAAAUUAAUCUUGGGAAAAGGUUUUCCAGCUUUAGCACUGGAGCUGCGGUGACAGGAAAGCUUAGUGGAAUUUGUGCUGUUCUUUCCACUCUCUCCAACUAAUGUCAGCUUGUAAAGAUGACUAGGAUUAUGUAUUUUCCUAUUGUUGUAUAAUUCACAUGGCUGUUUUUGUAACAUUCAUUGGAGCCUAUUUCACCAUAUUUGUUACUUUACAUUUUUUCCAACUUGUCAGCUCUAAUCUCUCAUCACUAAAGUGUUCAGAUACCAGCCAGUGACAAGUUGUAUUUACGUAUUGAGCUACGAGUAGGAAAAGGGCAAGGCGUGUCACGGAGCAACUCUGUGCAUGUUCUUCCAUACUGCGUUAUUUAGCUGGUUUUGCUUUAUGUUUGCAAAAUAAUGAACCUUUCUAAUACUGAAACUGCUAAUGUGCAUACCCACUCUACAAAAGAAUAAUGUAUGAAGAGACAAAAUGAAAUUUAAAAUUGUGACUGAUUCAUUGUAGCAGAACUUGAAAUUGCCUAGCCUUUGAAGAUUGAAGCUACACUCCCAGCAUCAGUGCCAUAAUACUUAAAAACAUAAAGGUUUCCUGUUAUUUUCUAUAUCAGACUAAUCAGUGUGAACCUUCUUGGGCUUGGAGUCUCCAGUUCUAGGUGCUGGGAGCCUGCACCAAUUUUAGCAUGUGCCUUUGGCUAUUUCUCUUUGAUUUAGCAGGACGUUUGAUCGGGGAAUCAUUGUUGUGCUGCUGUAUGGCUUUCCACUGUGUCCAAAGCCUUUCCCUUUGGGUGUCCUUCGAUGUGCUGCUCAGGGAUUUGCCCAGUACUCGAGUGCACAAACGGUGAGCUGGCACUGUUGCCCUGGCUCAAGUGGAGCUCCUCCGACUGUCGCCUGUGGCUUCUUGCAGAGGCAUUUGGAUUUGGUUGUGAAAUUCAGGCUGAACGCAGUAAAAUACAGACGUGGCUUUGUCUGUUUGCUGCUAAUGUUAAUGGAGCCACACAGCUAAUCUGUAUCACCUCCAGAGAGAGUUCCCUUGCAGGAAGGCAUCCAGCUCCACCACCCACAGUCGUGGGACAGUUGCCACCGAAGGAGCUCUUUCUAGAGUGGAAUCCACGCCUUCCUUAGGUUAAAAUGGACACACCACUGCC